AUGUACGAGCAGCAUCACGAGAAGUCGACCGGGGAGGAAUUAGCGUCGAAGGUCUGCGCAAUGUUCCAGGAUUCCGGCGGAUCUUCGGAGGGGAAAGAUAGCACAUUUGAGAGCGGGCGAGAGGUCUCGGCAGAUGAAGCAGCGCAAAAGAGCCGGGGGUGUCGGUCCAAAGUUCUCGGUUCCCCAGAGACCCAGUGA